CAUUAGGUCAUCACUCCUUGUUCUGUUUGUUAUUAUUUUGUAUUUUAGAGCUUCAAAUUCCCGAAGUGGAAGAAAACAAUGGAGCAACGACUGGCCAAUUCAUGGCGUCUCACACUCAAUGAGAAGAAAUUUAUCGAGAACGCUCUUCUCUCCGACCUCCGACUCGACGGUCGCCGUCCAUUCGACUGCCGCAAUCUCAUCAUCACCUUCGGCAAGGAGGAUGGCUCGGCGGAGGUGCAGCUUGGCCAAACCCAUGUCAUGGGAUUUGUCACGGGCCAGCUGGUUCAGCCCUAUCGUGACCGCUCCAACGAGGGCUCGCUUUCCAUCUUCACCGAGUUCUCCCCCAUGGCUGACCCUUCCUUCGAGCCUGGCCGCCCCAGCGAGGCUGCUGUUGAGCUCGGCCGCGUUAUAGACCGUGGCCUAAGAGAAAGCAGGGCUGUUGACACUGAAUCGCUUUGUGUUCUUCCAGGGAAAUUGGUUUGGGCCAUCCGUAUUGACCUUCACAUUCUAGAUAAUGGAGGAAACCUUGUGGAUACUGCAAAUAUUGCUGCUUUGGCUGCUCUCAUGACGUUUCGGAGGCCUGAAUGCUCAUUAGGAGGAGACAAUGGUCAAGAAGUGAUUGUACAUCGGCCUGAGGAGAGAGACCCAUUACCUCUGAUAAUACAUCAUCUUCCUAUAGCAGUAACCUUUGCAUUCAUUGGUAGUGAAAGUAGUGUGGUAAUAGACCCAACUCAUCAUGAAGAGGCUGUUAUGGGAGGGCGAAUGACUACCACACUUAAUGCAAAUGGUGAUAUUUGUUCUAUUCAAAAGGCUGGAGGGGAAGGUGUCUUACAAAGUGUUAUCAUGCAGUGUUUGCGAAUUGCUUCUGUGAAAGCUGGUGAUAUAACAGAGAAGAUAAAGAAGGCAGUUGAUUCAUUUAACACACAGAGAGCAUUAAAGAAGAUCAAACGCCAUCCUGCUUCUACUGCUAUGGAUAUUGAUGGAGUUGAUUCUAAAUUAAGGGAAAAACAGAGCCCGCUAGUUGAUAAGAAAACUACCAUCAUUCCCAGUCAAUCUGAAAAUGUUGAAGGGGGAACUAAAUCAUUAGAACAAGAACAAACUAAGAAGGGAAAUGAGGGUGCGGAGAAUUUCAUCGGGGGCGCCUCAUCUUGGGAUCCUUACUCGAAGGGUGUUGAUCCAAAAUUCUUAGAAGCAUCUCUAGCAUCGCGUGGAACGUCGACAGCUAAUAAGAAACAAGAGGAAUCGAAAAAAGAGAAUACCUUAUCUGAGGCCAAGCUGGAGGAACCUCCUAAAGUUGUUAAUCAAGGAUCUUUAGCGGUUGAGCCAGCUCAAUCUGAACAGCAAUCUAAAGGAGAAAAAACUUUGAAGGAUGCAGUGAAGCCCAAACACAAGAAAAAAAAGAAACAAUCUUCCACUGGUGCAAGCUGAUAUGGAGCAUGACAAACUGGACAUCAUCGAGGGAAACCGAAGCCAAAAUUGGAACACACCGUGUUCAGCUUCAAAGUAACACACGGAUAUUCUUAUGGGCAGAGCAGGAAAUAAUUUUAUGAGUUCAUCCAUUCUUUGACUUGAGCCUGUGCCCAAGAUUGACUUGACUGCAGUUUCACUGCAUUGAGUUGAUCAAGCAUUGUUUCUUCCCAUUGCUGAAGCUGAUGGAAUGACCUUUUUGUGUGAUUUUGUUGCCACUCAAAUUGGGAUCUCAUUCUGGGCAUUCGCAAUGGAAUGUAGUUUUGUGUUUUAAGAUAUAAUGUACAUGAGCAGGAUUAGUAGAAUUACUGUCAAAAUUCAGAUUUAUAAGAGUAAGAAGUAUCCCCCACAAUUUUGAUUUAAAUUAUUGGGAGGUUACUAACAUAAAGCCAAGGGUUUUAUAGUUUCAUUUGUACACAGUUACACCUAAAGCCAGCCAUUGUGUUGAAGUUUUCUCCUUGAGUGUCACUAUGAACUUGUUGUGAUGGCCUGGCCAGUCAAGUCAUUGUUUU